AUGUAUCUUAGUCUACUCUAUAAUUGUUUGACUAGGUGUAAGAAGUGGAAUCUUUCACACCUUCGGUUUUCUUCAAGGAGGCUUGGAAGUAUUCCAAACCAGAGAAAUGUACAGCAAAAAACAACCAUUAAUGACUUUGGUCUUCCAAAUGUGGACGAAGUUUUUGUUCCUGGAAUAACUACGGACCCAUUUUAUAAGGAUAUUACACUACCGAAACGCUGCAUAGGUUGUGGAUCUUUAUUCCAGACAACUGAUUCCACUAAACCCGGUUAUGUUGACGCACAGGUUCUAAAUGAAUCCAGCGUACGUGGAAACCUCAAGCUUCCAAGUAUUAGAGGUGCAGAGGCGGAAACAGUUCCGGAGGGGAUCGAGAUUAUGCGAUCUGAACCCGGAAGGUUUUCUGCUAAGAAACGUAGAGUUGUUUGUAGAAGAUGUUACAAACUUCAGGUACUUUUUUGGUGCCUUAAUCAGCUUUUACAGUAUUACAAACGUGUGGACAUGACCUCUGAAGUUGAUGUGCAAAGAGAAAACAUAGCCAGAGAAAUGCUAGGUAUACAAGAUGGUAUAAAAAGAGGUGAUACACAAAGGAUUUUUACAAAUUCGUCCUCCAAAGAUAAAGGGACUUUACAAAUGCCAACGGAAGUUGAAGCUUCUCAUGCUAAAAAAUCGCUAAAUCUUAAGUUGUCAUCUGAAAUUAUAACUGAUUUAGCUGUUCGCAUAAAAAACGACAGUGUAGUUAUAUUUCUUAUUGAUUUGACAAACUUGGAGGCUUCAGUUAUACCUGAGCUCUACAUUGCGCUACGAAAUCGCACCCUGGAUGUAAUUUGGGUAGCUAACAAGGUCGAUGUUAUACCAAAACCCAAUGAUCCAACCGAAAUUAAGAGAUGGCUACGAUCAUUUGUAAGGCAGAUAGGAAAUGCUAAAUCUGCGGAUGUCAUAUUGGUUUCCAGUACUAAAGGGAUUGGACUCGAUGUACUUGAACAUCGAAUGAAGGCAUACCUACAAACUGGAAAUCCUCGGAACAUUUACGUGGUAGGCGCAACAAACGUGGGAAAAUCAACAUUUGUGAAUCGGUUUUUGGAUUUUAUACAAUACAAUGUUGGUGGAACAACACGCUCCGCGAUCCCUGGAACAACGUUGGAAUUUAUUGAAUUUGGACUACCUAAAGGAUUUAAAUUGGUUGAUACACCCGGCAUACCAAUACCAUCGCAGGUGCCUUCUUUACUCUACAGGCCGAUAGACUUAUUAUCCAUCUCUAUAAUGAAGACCAUAAAUCCUCUGUCUAUAAAACUUGAGGCUGGAAGAUCACUGCUAGUUGGAGGGCUUGCCAGAGUGGACCUAGUCCAGGGAAGCUCCACUAUUGUCCAGUGCUUUUUCAGUAGUGGAAUAACGAUCAAAGUUUGUAGAUCUGUGGCUGCAGAGGAUAUUUUAAAGCAUCAGGUCGGUACUAGUUUGUAUCCUCCUCAUGACAAGGAAGAUUUUGAAAAACUUUUACCACUAUCAAAGUACAGAUUCGCUGUAAAUUGCACUGGAAGACGGCCUGUUGACGAAUUUGUCAUUUCCGGACUAGGAUGGAUAUCAUUUUGUGGAAUUGGCCCCAAAAUCAUAGAGAUGUAUAUCCCAAGAGGAAUAAACCUUCUCAGGAGGCCUGCUAUGCUAACAACAGCUCCAAAGACCGUCGAUGGAUAUAAAAUUUACCACGGAAGGUGA